CGAGAGAGAAAUCGUAGCAGUCUUGAAAGUUCCGUCAUCGACAGCGUUGGUGUCGAGUGUGAAAAGUGCGCAGCGUGUGGCAUUUUAUCCUUCAGUGAAAAGACCCUAAAGGACUUCCGCGUGGAAUUAAUUUCUGAAAAUAUCUCUUCAAUCAGUUAAAAAUGGCCCCACCAGCAUACGCAGAUCUCGGCAAGCAGGCCCGCGAUGUCUUCAACAAGGGCUACCACUUUGGCAUGUGGAAGUUGGAUGUUAAGACGAAGACUAACUCCGGUGUCGAAUUCAACACCAGCGGUUCAUCAAACCAGGACAACGGAAAAGUGUUCGGUUCUCUCGAAACCAAGUACAAAGUCAAAGAGUACGGUCUAAACUUUUCGGAAAAGUGGAACACCGACAACACCCUGACUUCCGAAGUGUCCAUCGAGAACCAGCUGGUCAAGGGACUGAAGCUGUCCUUCGAUGGUUCCUUCGCACCACAAACUGGAAGCAAGACCGGACGUUUCAAGUCGUCCUACUCACACGAUAAGGUUCGUCUGGAUGGAGAUGUCAACGUUGACCUGGCGGGACCACUAGUGAAUGCGUCCGGCGUGUUCGCUCAUCAGGGCUGGCUGGCCGGCUACCAGGUUGCAUUUGACUCGCAGAAGUCGAAGGUUACUGCCAAUAACUUCGCCCUUGGUUAUUCCACCGGUGACUUCAUUCUGCACACCAAUGUUAACGAUGGCCGCGAAUUCGGUGGCUUGAUCUAUCAGCGGUGCAGCGACAAGCUUGAAACUGGUGUUCAGCUGUCGUGGGCCUCGGGCUCUAACGCAACUAAAUUCGGUCUGGCCGCCAAGUACGAUCUGGACAAGGAUGCUUGCGUCCGUGCCAAGGUCAACAACCAGAGCCAAAUUGGACUCGGUUACCAACAGAAGUUGCGCGAUGGUAUUACUCUGACGCUGUCCACGAUGAUUGACGGCAAGAGCUUCAACACUGGUGGACACAAGAUUGGCGUUGCUCUGGAACUCGAAGCCUAAACCGCUAGGAAAUCGUGUUCGUGUUUUAACAAACAGAUUCAAAUCUUAAAUAACUAAAAACAGAAAAAAAACAAAACUAAACAUCAAAUUACCACGUAUAGUAAAAGAAGUAAGAAAACAUUCGCAUCAAGAAGAAAGACAACUGCGCACGUGUCUGAAGGAAGAUGAUUCCCCCUGGUUUCGGGGCCAACUCUGUGCGAUUACUAGUGAAUCGGUGCUACGCAGCUGACUGUACACCGAAGAUGGUAAAAUAAUAAUUUAAAAAAUCAAAUAAAGAUGGCAAAAAAAUCAGUAAAGUAUAAAUAACUCGUUGGAAGUUUAUUGCAUUGAUGAGAAAAAUUUAGUAAGUUAAACAGUCCACUCGAACACUACUAACCUUCGAAUGCUUCAAUUGGAUAAGUGGUUACAGUUACUAUUUGCUACCUUCAGAGAUUUAGUCAACGACACAAAGUUAAGGCAUUACUCAAAUUUAACAAGUCAGAAUAAAACUACGCAAAGCCACUGGCCCACAAAACGUUCCAGCGUAAGCAAAAUUUAAACCAAACCCCAACUCAUUAGUUAGCUACCAAGAGACACAGGAUUUGCUGAUAGCACACAUUCACCCACAUAAACAUUGAUUACAAAAAAAAAAACAAAAACGGCUUUCUAUCGAUGGAAUUAAAAAAAUAAUUCCUCAACACUUUCCACUGCCAAUAUUUCGACAACUUCGGUGGGUUGGUUGAGAAAGAUACAGAACCGUACGGUCGUACUUCGUAACAGGUAUCGGAAAAGUUCUAAAAUGUUAGCACGAAAUACGUGUGCAGAUCCUGUCAUGUUGUAUAGAAAAGUGAAGUUCAAUAAAAGUGCAACCGAAAUAUUCCCAUUGCCUCAGCAAA